AUGGCUCCUACACUCGCGUCCGACCCCGUCUCGCAGGCUGAUACACCCAUGACCGAUGUAAAUGACGACACCGUGCCCUCCGUGCCCGUUGACAGUGCCGACGCUCCAAUGACGGACUCCGACACAAAUCCCAACACAACUGCAAGCAGCGUUGCAGGCGACACGGCCGAUGCACGGCGGAGGAGAUCCGAGGCCAACAACCUCAGGAAAAGCAUCCUAGGCAAGAAGCAUGGCAACUUAGACAGCACAAAAGAGGAUGACUCUAUUCGUCGAUUCCGAUACCUCCUUGGCCUUACGGAUCUGUUCCGCCACUUCAUCGAGACGAACCCCAACCCCCAAAUCAAAGAGAUCAUGGCCGAAAUCGACAGACAAAACGAAGAAAGCGAAGAAAAGAACCGCAAAGGAUCAAAGCGUUCUGGGGGCGCUGGAGGCGAACGCCGCCGCCGGACCGAGCAAGAGGAGGACGCGGAGCUCCUGCAGGACGAGAAGCAUGGCGGCGAGACCACCACCAUCUUCCGCGAAUCUCCAGCUUUCAUUCACGGUGAACUGCGUGACUAUCAGGUUGCAGGUCUCAAUUGGCUUGUUUCCUUGCACGAGAACGGUAUCUCCGGCAUCUUGGCCGAUGAAAUGGGUCUUGGAAAGACUCUCCAGACCAUUUCGUUCCUUGGCUACCUCCGAUACAUUUGUGAUAUCAAAGGUCCUCACUUGGUUGUUGUGCCGAAGUCAACACUGGAUAACUGGAAGCGUGAAUUCGCGCGCUGGACUCCCGACAUCGACGUUCUGGUACUCCAAGGAAACAAGGAUGAGCGUCAACAACUCAUCAAUGAACGUUUGCUUCAGGAUGAGUUCGACGUCUGCAUCACAAUACAUCAUCAUCGAUGA